AUGGAUAAAGAAGAUUUAUUUUGGAAAGUUUUUAAAAAUAAAUAUUUACUUAAUAAAAUAUUAGAAUCAUUUUCAUCAAUCAGUUUAACCAAAUCAAGUAUAUACGAACCUCUAAAUAGAAUAAAAUUUGUAUCAAUUACUCAAUUUUCAUUUAUUGUACAUAAAAAACUAUGGAAUAUUCUACUGGAUAAGUUAGAGUCUAAUCAACUACUUUUCAUAGAUUCCGAACCAAGUUUUAUAGAGUUUCUCAAUAUCUUUAAAGAAAAGCAAUUUUUUUAUGUCAUUGAAGCUUUCGACAGGUAUAUGAAAAGAAAUAAAAUAAGUUACCCUACAGAAGUACUCUCGGCAAGUAUUAAAGCAUUCAAUCUUUUGGCAUUAAAUUACUUUGGUAAAUCUGGGUUCAAUCAAGUUUCAAGUAAACACUAUUCACUGGAUCAAGCGCUAUCGACUUUAGGAAUAUUUAGGGCUUUAUUGGAAAUGGAUGACGAUGGUAAAUCAAUGUCUUUGCAAUUAAAAAAAACAAUUUUAAGAAAAGUCGUUGAACAGGGUGAAAGGGGUGAAGAUGUAUUAAGGUUUUUACUGGAUAAUCCAAAGCACAUAAUAGUUGGUGAUAAAAAUAGUCCUUCCGAGCAUAGAAUACUUUUAUUCUAUUUUGGAAAGCUAAAGUCGUUGGAUUUAAAGUAUAGAGUAUUGGAGUUAGACUUUAUUUCAGAGUGCAGUCUAUCUUUUUUUCAACAUUAUCAUCUUACAAAUUCACUUGCAUUGGAUCCAUCACCCGAGAAUAUCAUAUUUAAUAUUCAUCUUUUCUACAAAUUGGUCAAGUUAGAACAAGUGCCUCAGGGGACUCAAGAUAUUAUUAAAAGCAUCCAAGAAUCAAAUGAUAGCGACUUCAAAUCUGAAAAAGCAGAAGAACUUGUAAGAACCAUGAGGUUUGAUUCAGUGCCAAUAGUGAAGACCCGCAAUAAAAAUGCAGUCUUUAGAGACCAAACAAUAUGCAUUAAAGUAAAUAACUUUUACAGUUGUCAUAAUUUUGUUGUACGACCUUGCGUCGACCAUUAUGCAGUCUCAUUGUUUACCAACAGCUUAUCAGAAUGCGACAUCGAAAAAAUUAAAGCCUAUGACGAAAUGGACCAAAAAUACCAACUAGUUGUAGAUUAUAUCGAAAGUUCAAUAAAUGAAGAAUCAAGUGAUAGUGGUAGUGAGGAAGGUAACGAUGAAGACAUUUUCGAUGAAGACAUUUUCGAUGAAGAGGAAGAGGUAAAGGAAACAAGCCUCGAGGUUUUAUAUGGAUCACAUAUCUUUUUCGGGUCUAAACCACUCGAAAGGGCUAGGGAACUUAUAAACUAUUUAAAUGAAACUGGCUAUAAAAGCUUUACUGAUGGUUUGUUCAAAGUUUUUGUUAUUCAAUUGGUUAGUGAAUAUGUCAGUAAAGAAGCUUUAGAAAAGUUAAAGAUAGAUUUCAGUUAUUUUCAAGAGGCCACAACUCAACUAUUACUACUCUAUGCAGCAUAUCAUGAUCUUGCAAUAGUAGAGUAUAUAGUAUCAAACCCAACAUUCAAUUAUGAUUCUGUUAAAGUUGAUGAAAGCAUUGUAGAGAAAAUUGUAAAAAGUCAAAAAUUCGAUUAUUUGAUGUAUUCAUUGGAUUCUGAAUUCACACACUCCAAAGUAAAAUCAAAUGAUAUCAUAUCAAUAAUCAAAUUGCUUUGUAGCUGUACCCCACCAGAAUACCACAAAUCACUGAAAUCUCUUUUCAACCAUUUAUAUAGAGUGCUUCUUUCAACACCCGACGUAUCAUAUCAACAAUUAGCAUAUAUCCGAAAUCUAUUCAAGUCAGAUUCAAUCGAAAUCAAAGAAGACCAUUUUACCACAUUUAACUACUUGUACAUUAGAUCUAACAAAUUUUCGAAAUACUUGGUUUGCCAUCCUUAUUGCCACCUAAUUCUUGAUGAACUGGGCCUAAAUUACUAUAAUGCAUCAAAAAAUUAUAAUCAAUUUUUGUUUUUCGAUAUCAAGCAUGUAUUAAACCCAUUGGAAUUCCCAUUUGACGAAAUAUUUAAUGGUAGAUUCAAUGAAAACAAUUUCAAAUCUAUAUUUUUAAAACUAAGAACCUCUUUCAUUAAGCAAAGUAUCAAAUAUCAAAUACCAAAAACUAGUUUUUAUGAAGAAGAGAAGGAAUAUCUACUUUGCAUUUCCAGAAUGGAUAUUCUUUUAGAAAUUACCAAAGAAAUCGGCUCAGUUAAAUUCAUAAUCGAUGAAAAUUUUUGUAGGUCAAUAUCGCCUGAUGAGCUCGACUAUCUUUUAGAAAAUAUUAAAAUUAAUUCAGAUAUGUCAAGAAUUUUAUAUAACUUUUACCAAAGAGAAAAGAGAUUUGAUUUAAUUGCUAAUAAUAAUUUUAAUAAUUUCAAAAAUGAUAAUAAUAACAAUAAUAAAUAA